AUGCCAUCAGCGAUCAACCCAUUGAGCAGACGCAGAGAUAAUUGGCGGACUGGAAGCGCUGCACUAGAUAGGAUGAAGGCCGCAUUCCAACAAUCACUUUCAAAGAUGUCAGCAUGCACCAAUGGGGAGAAUCGACCCCGCUCAAGCAAAUUCUUGGUCUUCCGAUUAAGGUCUUCCCUUAAGACAUACAGCGCUGAUGUGCCUAAUGCCACCUUGUCGAAUGCUCCGAGAGUCGCGGUAAGAUCCCAUCAAGCUUUCGCACCAUUUCCCUCUCUGCUUGAGGUAUCGAUGGCGGAUAUUACCCAGCUUGAUACAGAUAGACUACCGCCUGAUCUACAGCUGCCUCAUCAAGAUUCGUCUGGUGAGCAGCGCCGGGUGUCUCAUGACUCUUCGAUUGCACACCUUCCAUUUUCAUUGCCAAAAAUUCUCAUAUAA